AUGACUUCAUCAACCUUUUCUUCUUUGUUUAAGAUUUUUACUUUUACGUUAUCUUUAUGGGUUCUGUUUGGGACUACUUCGGGUCAGCUAUCACCCUCGUUCUAUUCUUUAACGUGUCCUAUGGUCACUCCUAUUGUGACAGCAGCGGUGACUUCAGCUAUCUUACAGGAAUCUCGCAUGGGAGCUUCGUUGCUUCGACUCCAUUUCCUUGAUUGCUUUGGAUGUGAUGCAUCUGUGUUACUGGACGACACUGAAGACUUUACGGGGGAAAAGUCGGCGAGUCAAAUUAGCAAUUCAGCGAGAGGAUUCGACGUGAUUGAUACUAUUAAAACCCAAUUGGAGUUCCAGUGCCCUGGUGUCGUUUCUUGUGCAGAUAUAUUAUCUGCUGCUGCUCAAGCUUCGGUUGUGGCUCUUGGUGGGCCAAGCUGGAGUGUUUCAUUUGGAAGAAGGGAUUCCACAACAGCAAGCCUAAAUGCAGCAAAGUCCGACAUCCCUUUACCUACUUCAAGUCUUAGCGAUCUCAUCUCAUCCUUUGCAACAAAAGGAUUUACUGCUAACGAAAUGGUAGCUCUCUCUGGAGCUCAUACAAUUGGUCAAGCAAGAUGCACCAAUUUCCGUGAUCAUCUCUACAACGAAAACAACAUAGAUCCAUCAUUUGCGACAUCAUUGAAAGCAAAUUGUCCUUCGGCUGGAGGUGACAAUAAUCUCUCUCCACUAGACGCUUCAUCAACGUUUUUCGAUAAUAGAUACUAUAAUGAUUUGCUUAACCAGAAAGGAUUAUUGCAUUCGGACCAAGAACUAUUUAAUGGGGGUUCAACUGACGCACAAGUGAGGACCUAUGGGUCGAAUCCGUCUAUUUUCUUUAGUGAUUUUGCAAGUGCUAUGGUGAAGAUGGGCAAUGUUGGCGCUAUAACUGGCCACAAUGGAGAAAUUAGGGUCAACUGCAGAAGAGCCAAUUAA